AUGGACGCGGGCUUGGCGAAGUGCUGCCCGGAUGCGACGGACCUCAGCCACGCGACGUACAGGAACUUUCGACGGAGAGCGACGGUGUUCCAGAGGUUGUGCGCGCGCCGAGGCGCGCCAGUGGUGAGCGAGGGCGCCUACUUGCUCCUGCAGAGCCUGCAGGGCGACGCAUGGGACGCCUGUGAUGAGAUAAGUUUCGAGAGGAUGGACACCGCAGAGGCAUUCGACGAGAUUUUUGAGAAGUUGGACGUGCUGUACAGGUACACGCAGGAGGUCGAGUUGCCAGGAAGAUGCGACGGAUUUUUCGGAGAGUUCGCGCGGCAGCCGAAGGAGACGCUCAACGCGUACGUGCUCAGGCAUGGCAAGGAGCUGACGAAGCUGCGCGAAGCGGGACUUGAGCUGCCAGAUCUACUGGCAGGAUGGCAUAUGAUGACGCGAGCGGCGAUUCCCCAGUGGCAAGUACCCAACCUCAAGGCGCUGUGCAACAACAGGUUGACGGUGCAGGUGGUCACGGAGAGCCUGAAGACGAUGUUCGGAGGCGACAGCGUGGCGCACAAGAAGGACAUCGAUCGCGUGAGAAGUACUUAUCACGGACGAGGCAGUCGAGAAGAAGGCUACUGGAUGGAAGACUACUAUGAAGAAGAUGAUGAUGUUUACUAUGAGGACGAGUACGACCCGCAUGAAGAGUAUCAGGAAGAUGACGAAUGGUACGAGGAUGACGAGGAAGUGCCGGAGGAUCUCGAGAACGCCUACGAGGCUACCGAGGAGGCUUACGCAGCGUAUGCGGAGGCUCGAGCUAAGAUGAACGAGUUGGCAAAAUCCCGAGGAUUCUACCCCGUGGUGGCGCUGAUCGACGAGAAGCGUGGCGCGCAGAAGGGUAAGCAGAAAGGACGAUACGGUGGACGAGCACCCUUCGGCGGCGGCAAGGGCGGCAAGCAUUUCGACGGCAGCCCGAAGACGACGCAUACUGGAUCUACGCAGCAACACGGACCAAGGUUCAAGCGGCGACGAGAUGGAGCACCCGCCAAGCACGACGAGGACGCGAAGAUGCUGUACGAGAUCGGCACAGACAACAAGUUGACUGAGAUUGCGCCCAGUAUGGAGACGGCGCACGGAUUACAACUCGAAGAAGUGAAUUUGGCUACGGGCAAAGGAGUUGGCGACAGUGGAGCUACGAAGCCAGUCAUGGGACUCGACGAGUGGCCGAAGUGGCGCAAGAAGCUGACGGACAUGGGUAUGGCCGACCAGAUCACGACGGAGCGGUGCCAGAAGACAUUCCGGUUCGGCAACGAUGCUACGGCGACGGCAAAGCAGAUGGUUACGUUCCCAGUCUGGGUUCGCAAGACGAGGCGCGAGAUCACGGUUUACCUGGUGCCGGGCAAAGUUUCUCUUUUGGUGGCUCGGCCGUGUCUCGAAGAAUGGGGCAUCGUGGUGGACUACCGCAACAAGAAGGCGAUGUACCUGGACGAAGUACCGCAGACGUGGAGCGACAUCGAGACAAACGAGAAAGGCCACAUGAUCCUGGACCUCUUGAGUUUCCCAGAGGACGCGCUGGAGAUCAAAGAGGAGUCUAGCUCGACGGACGCCGACACGGACGGAGAUCACGAGGUCAAGAGCGAAGAGGAGAUAGAUUUCUACGUGACCAGCACUCAUGGCGAGGAGAAGGAGGACGCGGAGACGACGAACUUCGACGCCGAGCAGCUGAAGGACUGGUUUACGAAGGUUAACAGGACGCUGGACGAGAAACCCAAAGUUAAACGCAAGUUCUGGGAGAUUUUUGUCGAUGAGGGACGUAUUUCACAGUAUGUCGAGCAGCAUGGCGACUUCAAGACGGACAAGUAUACGUUGGACACUGGCUGGGAUUUCACGAGGAAGACACAUCGCGAAGCGUUCUUUGAUAAAUUACGACGUGAAAGGCCAGAGGAAGUUUGGAUUUCACCGCCAUGUACGUUGUGGUCUUCGAUCAACACUCUUAACGACGCGAGUAAGGACAACAGAUAUCGGCAGCAACGCAGACGAGAGCGAGAGAAGCAGAAGAAAGAGUUUCUGAAGUUCAGCCGGGACAUCUACGACGAGCAGCAGAAGAACGAGAGGAACGCGCAUUUGGAGCAUCCCAGAUACGCGACGUCGUGGAGCGAGGACGUCUGUCAGGACAUGGAAGGAUACGACACGUUCGUGGACCAGUGCGCGUACGGGCUGAAGGCGCUGGACCGACGGGCGCAGGAGAAACACGUUAUGCUGGAAGGAGCUCACAACAUGCGCGGAGUGGAGAACUACCCGAGAAGUAUGGCGUUUCAGGCGGCAAUCUGCAUCGUGGACGACCCGCAGAACGAGUCAAGCUACGCCGUAGAGGAGAUGACGCAAGAGGAGUUUGACAAGAUCGAGCACAAAGAAGUUUGGAAGAAUUUACUUGAGAAGUUCACGCUCGACGAGGUCAAGUGGGUCGAGAAGGUGCAUGUGCAGAUGGGUCACCCAUCGAGCGAAGCGUUGGCGGCAGCACUCAAGGAGAUGAACGCGGAUGAUCGUUUGGUGAGCUGCGCGCGGAUUUAUAUUUGUGAGAUAUGCUUGAAACGGCAGAGGCCUAAACCAGUACGGAUCGCCAGGGUUCCAAAAGAUAGAGGUUUCAACGACACGAUCGACAUAGACACUUUUCACGUGAAGUGGAACGACAAGCACAAGCUGAUUUUUACGAUUAUGGACGAGAGUUCGCGAUACGAGGUCGACACGGUGGUGCCAGACGAAAAAGCGAAGACCGAGAUAAAGGCGAUCGAGAAAAACUGGAUCAAUUGGGCUGGUGUGCCAGUGCGUAUUCGGGCUGAUCAAAGUGGUGCGCAUGUGAGUGAGGAGUUUUCGGAGUGGUGCGACAUGCGGCAGAUAAAAUUGCAGCUCAUACCGAGAGACGCUCAUCAUCGACUCGGGAUCCUUGAAAGGAAUCACCAAGUACGACGAGAGCAGAUUGCCAAGUAUCACGAGGACCGACUGGACGACAGCCUGAAGGUUACGGUGCGAGUGACGUGCGACAUGAGGAAUCGGCUACGUAACGUUCGAGGGUUUACUCCAGCGCAGCGUGCGCUAGGACGACAGCCCAGGGAUCUGGGCAACAUGGCGGACGAGCCGACGACGAUGGGCGAUCUUGGAGAGCACGACGAGGGAUUCUACCAGAACCUGGGUCGCAGGCGAGACGCGGCUAAGGCCUACUUCGCGGCGAAUAUGUCGAGGGCAGUGCGAGAGGCUUUAGCGGCUCGCAACAGACCCUUAGCGAAGGAGUUCCAGAUCGGCGAGUACGUCUACUUCUGGAGGCGCGACAAGGGCGAGAGCGACUUGAUCAAGAGUUAUUGGAAGGGACCGGCGAUGGUGACGCAGGUCGAGUACACGGACGAUCCCGACAAGCUGAGGCAGUCAGUCAUCUGGUGCGUGCAUAACAACACGCUGCUCAGGACAACGCACGAGUUGCUGAGGCCAGAGCUACCAGAGGAGCGGCGACAACGCGAGGAGGCAGAUGAUGAUUUCGGUCUACCCUUGUCGACGGCGGAGAGAUUGCUCAAGAAGCUGAAGAGCACGACCGGCUCCAUCAAGUACAAGGAUUGCGUUGGCGACGCACUCGGGGGCCCAGAGGACCACGUAGACGAUGGACGGCCCGAGGACAUGGACAUGGACGCCACAGGCGUGGACACUGAUGGCAAGGUGGAGGAGCCAGUCGAGGAGCGUGUUCAUCGUGACGAAAGGACGAGGAGCAGCGAAGAAGCCGAGCCAGCCGAGCGCGAGGUGAAGGAGGAGCAGCCGCAGUCGGCGGCGGCCGAGUCCCGACCCGAAGCCGAUCUACCAGAAGCCGAUGGCGGGCGAGAACCUCAUCUCGAGGCUCCAAGCCAAGAGAAAGAAGAGGACGCUAAACCUGAGGCCAUAGUGGAGAAGCGGAAGGUGGACGACAGGGACGAGUUACUGGAGAGCAUUAAUGCGGCAAGACGGCUCGACGGACUCAAACCGUUGGCUAAGAGACCAAGGAUAACACCGAUGGAGACAGAGACCAUCAAGACGGACACAGGCGACGACGAGCUGCUACUGCUGUACGAGGACGAGGAGACGAUCUACCUCACGAGCGCGGCGAAGCGCGACGCUGUGGUGGAGGCCAGGCUCACGCCGGACGAGAAGGUGCAGUUCGACGAGGCCAAGACCAAGGCAUUGCUACCCUGGAUCGAGAACCAGGCGUGGCAGGCGGUGAACGAGGCGACGGCGGGAGCUGGCGAAGUGUGUCCGAUGAGCACUAACGUGGAGAAGGCAAGCCCUACUCUGACGAGGCCCGCGAGGUACCUCAUCCUGCUCAUCCUGUGCCAGCAGUCGUGGAAGAUGGUGGCAGCUGACGUGAAGAGCGCAUUCCUCCAGGCAAAAGACAUUCGUGAGCAGGGAGUGCGCAUUUUCAGUAGACCGACGAAGGACAUCCGAAGGAGGUUGGCGAAGAUGAUGGGCCUGAAGGACGACGAGAUAUUGCAGAUGCUGAAGCCAGCUUUCGGGGAUGUUCGCGCUCCCAGGCAGUGGAAUCAGACGAUCACGGAGGCCAUGAUCGACAUCGGAUUUCUUCAACACCAGUUGGAUCGGUGCUGUUUUCUGUCGUACCGCAUCGCGGCCGACGGCGACGACCCCUUUCUGGUGUGGAGCGCAGACGACGGACAGAACUACGUACUGGACGGUAUUUUGGGUUUACACGUGGACGACUUCAUCGGUGGCGGCGAGAACUUGGAGUGCGAGGCCGACCUGACCGACAAGCAGGCCUACGAGGGCACGUUCCUGGACAGGGUGCAGACUCUCAGCAGGCGCUUUAAGUUCGGCAAGUGGGAGUUUCAGAACGGUAUUGUUUUCUGUGGUAUGGAGACCACGCAGUCGCAGUCAAGGAACGAGAUCGAGGUCAAGGCCGAGCAGUACAUCCACAAGGUGAAGCCGAUUAGCAUCGAGAAGGUACGCCGCCAGCACCCGGACGAUUUGUGCACGCCGAAGGAGAUAAGCCAGCUACGAGGACUUAAUGGAGCUAUGCAGUGGCCGGCAUCUCAGUGUAUGGUGCAGGCGGCGGCGACAGUUUCUUUUGCCCAAGGUGACGUGAGCAAAGCUACGGUUGGAAGUUUGCUGGAGGCCAACAAGUCAUUGCGGUUCCUGAAGGCGAGUGGCGACGUGGGCAUCCGUAUUCGUUACGUGUCCAAGUGGGAGCAGCUACGACUUGGAGUGUAUUGGGACGCUUCAUGGGCAACAAGACUUAACGGCGAGUCGCAAGGAGGCUAUAUGAUCUUCGCGAUCGAGGACGACAGGAUCGACGACGGCCAGGCCACGUUUUUGGUCAUCAUCGAUUGGACGAGCAAGAAGUUGGUUCGCAUUUGCAGGAGUUCUCUGUCCGGGGAGGCUCAGGCGGCGGCCAACGCGGUGGACGCUCUUGAGUUCGCGAAGACGAUGCUGACCACGAUGCUCUACCCCAACAUGCAGCUGACGGGACCGGACAUGUUGCAGGUGCUAGGGCGAAGCCCGUGUAUCACAGACUGCAAGGCGCUCUACGACGCAGCCAAUUCUCAGGCGCCAGCCGGUGGCCUGACGGAGCGCAGGACGGGCAUCGAGAUCAUGCAAGUGAACGAGAAGAUGAAGGAGUUCGGCGGAGUGUGGAGAUGGACGAACACACAUCAGCAGAUGGCGGACGGGCUGACUAAGUUGCAGGUGCGGCAGCAGUUCGUGGAGAAGCUGAGGAGAAUGACACACGCGCUGAAGUACGACGCAACGUUCACUGCAGGCAAGAAGGUUAGCCAGCAAGAGCGUAACAAGAACGAGCAGGAGCUGAACGACGCGGCGGCCGACUUCGACGAGGCGAAUGCAGUGGACCAGACACCAGAUGAAGUGCCAGCGCGAGAGAUGGUCAAAGCGACGAGGGCAGGUACCAGGACAGCACAGAGACUCGCGGCGCUGGUGGCGAUCACGGCGGCUACGACGACUAAAGCAGAGGAGACGUGCCCAAGCCUGGACAUCAACGAGACGCAGUGGAUCUACGUGACCGUGCUCACGAUGUUGCUGGUUGUGAUGGUGCUGGUUUGCGGUUGUUGUUUGUGUGUGACGUGCUACAUCAAACGGGCGAAUGAGCGAUUCUGGAGAUCAACUAACGAAGAGAUGAAACGCUGUUUGAAAGAUACGCCAGACUCAUGCGGAGACGACAACGCCGAGUAUAUGCAGAUGAAGAUAAAGAUGAGUGAGCAAGCCGACGAGAUCGCGCGCUUAAAAGAGAAGAACGAAUGGCAACGGACUAAGAUCGAAGAGAGAGCCAAGCAGAUAGUCGACAUGCAGCCAGACAUGGAGAAGCUGAUGACGGAUUUUGAGCAGCGCGGCAAGAGCUUGGCGGUAUACGAAGAGAAGUUGACCAAGACCGAGAAGCUACUGAAGGACGCUAAUGAGGAGCUUGGAUUGUGCUAUAAAAGGCUGUCGGCGCUGAACGGUUCGAACGACAAGUUGGAGCGGCAGCUGAAUAACGUGAAGAACGAGCUACGGCAGAUGACGCUGAGAGCUCGAGACGUGCCGGAGCCCAAGCGGAUGAGGUCGGCGAACACUCAGUCACAGUGUACGUAUCGACGAGAUCUAGCCACGCCGAGGUUUCAGGUGAUACAGUCGAUGAACGAGCCGACGCUCGAGCAGUUCAUGAACGGCGUGGUGAUGAUCAUCGUAUGUGGGACCUACGAUAUUCAGGAGACCAGGGCACAUCUCUCGACUCUGUAG